AUGGGUUGGUUCAACGACGACUCCGAUGAAGCCCAGGCCUACAACCAGGUGGUCAAUGCUCCUCACAAGGCAGAGCUCUCCCAUGAACUCAUUGCUGCCGCUGCAUCGUACGAGUUGGAUUUCCUUGACCAAGAGAAGGCUAAGCGACAAGCUCGCGACCAGGUCCAUGAAUCUUACGACAGGAACAACUAA